UAUGGGGACGGUAGAGAAGGUGUUCUGCAGAAUUUUGCUGACGCUUCUUUUACUGCAGUGUGAAGUAGGUUGGAUGCAAGAAGCAGUAAAUUCUCCAGCUUUUAUAGAAAGUACCUGCCUCUCCAGCAUAUUUUGGAUGAAGCUAGACAAGUCCUUUCUUCAAAAGAAGUUUUUCAAGAUAGAAGUAAUUGACCCAUCUGGUGUUCCAUUUUUGGUGGACCAGAUGUUGGGAGCACGUUGUGGCUAUACUCUGUCAAAGGAUGUGUGGGGAAACCCCAUCUUCCGGGUUUCUUUCCUUGGCUGUCAUGUUAUAAAUGAGAAAGAUGAAAAGUUCUCUCUCACUGUAAACAUCAAAGUAUCGUUAUUUGAAGACCUGCGGGCGGCUACAGUUUACCAGCAUCCCAUGCAGUGCUCCUAUUUCUCAUGGGCUCCAAGGGAAAUUCUGUGUGAAGAGAAUUACAUGGAGGUGUCAGUGAAGACUGAUGUUCCGGGAAUUUCAGAUGCUGAAUUGAUCUCAGCACUACCAGAGGCACAAAAAGUUAUGUAUCAAAUGUGGAAUUUGUCAUUCUAUUCUUCAUCAGGGAUAAAAACAACAGGAGUGAGAGAUGCUGACAAAUUAGGCUACAGCUUCAAUAAUACACUGGCAAGAGUCUUCCUUCGCUCCCCAUACUAUACAAAUGAAACUCAAAAUACAGUGGUUCAUGGGAUCACAAUGAGCACAAUCAGCUCCACCUCCAGGUACAGGCAAAGAUGGUUACUGCUGCUGAUUGACACAACAGUAUCAUGCCCAGUUGGCAAGUAUUUUUCUCCUCCUUACCAUGAAAAUUCAUGGCUUAUUACGGGGAAAGGAAGGCAAUUAUUUGAAACUGACAAGUGCUAUAAAUCAACAGAUGGCACCAGCUUCACAGAUGCUUCUCUGAUAUGGACUAUACCAGUGAUUAACCCUAGACUGGUCCUUCAAGAAUCCACUUUCAGAUCCCUUAAAGUAACAAUGGGAAUUAAUGGGGAAAAGAUGGCGAACCCUGAGAAGUUCAACUACACAUUGGAACAUAACAUUACACACAUUGGAGUAACUAUCCCAAUUGGAGCUCCUAGAGGCAGACUUCAGAGCACAGUAUCGAACGGUGUCUAUGGAGUGACCUAUAAUAUUGAUCUAUUGAUGGAACAUUCUUGGACAGAUAGUGAUUGGCAGCUCACCAAAUACAGUUCCAGAAACACGGAUAUUUGA